AUGGCUAACGACGAACGCGACACAGCAGACGUUUUAAACGCUCUGCUAAGUUUCUGCCAUAGCGGCACAGGGAAAGUAGAACGCCGGGAGGACAACCUGAACCGGUUCUUCUGUGACAUCACCGAGUUUUUCAUGGCGCACGUGGAUAAAAAGGAACUGGCCAUACGUAUAAACAACCACAUAGCUAGCCAAGUCGAAGCAGAGAACCCACUGGACGAGAAAACAUUCGAGCAAAUAAAAAUUUUAAUUCUUUUUUUAAAUUCGCUUUAUGAGAGAUACUUCAGCAGAGAGUUCCUCAAAAUUGACACGUCUUGGAUAGUCCACCUGAUCAAAUCAAACGGGUUCAAGGACCCAAUUUUAUUUAAAUUCUUAACAGAUGUGCUCGUCUUAACGUUUGAAGUGGGGGAACCAGGGGACACGAGCGGCACCGUGCAGCUUCUGCUCCGUUUACUGCGGUGCAUAAGGGGAAGGGUGGAGAGAGACGUUAGAGAAAACAAGGAAACUUUCCUUUUUUACAGGAAAUUGCAACAGUGGUUUGGGUCACGCAGUGGGUUCGUAAGUGAGUUUGGAGAGGCAGACGAGGGGAAUGCACAGGACGAGGCGUUGUGUGUGUGUGGCCUCCCCUAUGAUGAGCUCCUACUCAGUGAGGAAUUUCAUUUCAGGGACUUGUGUCACUUGUUCGCGUUGGUGGUGGAGAAGGUGGGGAGGAAGGGCACGGAGGAGGGUGUGGCGGGGGGUAGGGCAGACGUGAAACGCACCAUGCGUGCCUGGAACUCCAAACAGAGAGGACAAGACGAAAACUGUGAAAAGGGAGAACCCUCCAAACGGAUCGAUAUAUGGCAGUUGCCCCAAGUGAAGUCCAUCACGAGGGACAUUUUGCACCUCCUCCCAUUUGUAAGCAACCCCCCGAUGCGCGAUGCGAUAAUAAAGGAUCUGUGCAAUACGGUGAAGGAGUACCUGUUCACUAGGUGUGAGAUGGAGGAAGUAUGUCUGGAAGUGACUGAGCGUAUGUUUUUUCGUGUCAGUGAUGGUGCUGGGUUGGAGCUGGAGGCGGGGGAGACAUGUCCUGAGGUCACCCCCCUGAUGAGGACCUACCUCGCCUACAACGCAAACUGUUACGAAAAAGAAUGGAGAGAAACGGAUUCUGAUCUGCUAAGCGAUGUGUACACUUACCAAGUGCUCUACAUGGACUACCUCUACCAUGAGAAAUUUUUAACGAAGGCCAACUUGGACGACGUGCGUUUUUUCUUGCUGCUCCAUAGCAGGGCAUAUACGAGUGAAGAUAUAGUGAAGAAGGUGAUCUACCUGUUCGAUGGAAUCGUAACGGAGAUUGAGGGUGUUGUCCAAAGGAAGGAAAAGGGGAAGCUUCACCAAGGGGGGCAAUUCUGCGAAGUCUGGGAACUCUACACGUGCAUCUUAAGGUGCAUGCAGAACUUUUCUGUCCACCUGUUAAAAGCGAACUGGCACAAAAUGGUUAGCCUGUUGCGGGUGGCCAGUUCGAUUAGGAGGAAGUACCAGGUGAAGCGGUUGUCAAAACUGCCGAAUGGAUGGCAUGGCAACGCUGGAUCUAUUCACCGUAUCGUGCGUGCAGGUGAAGGGGCCCAUCGAGGGAGCACCACAGCCAGCACGCCCGAACCCUUUGACGACCUGGACUUUCACAUUUUUGAAUGCUGUGCAGGGAGCGACGUAGGGAAGGGAAAAAUAAGAUUUUUGCAUUUGUCGGAUUUUUUGAUUUUGCGGCAGGCGGAACUUCUUAUUUGGCUGCUGCUUCGGCAUAGCAACGGGACGGUGACUCGAUUUGCCCUCUGUCAGUUGAUCAGUCGAGGAGACAUGGGGAGGGACGAAUUGGGAUAUAGCCCGAUAGGAGUAGUAGGAAAAGUAGCGGAAGAUGAGGAUAACCCCCUUCCCGGGGGAACUGCCGCAGGGGGGACGACUCAACCGGAUGGGUCACUGGACGUGGAGACCCUCCUCGACUGCAUGAGUGACACGUUCCUUUUCCACAUUUUCUUUGAUGAGUGCAUAAGACCAACGCUCUUCAUUAAAGGAGACAUUCCGUUUUAUGAAUUCCGUUUGAAAAACCUGAUCGUGAAGAAAGUGCUGAAGAGGAACCCCCUUUUAAUGGUAAAGUGUUUUCUGGUUGGCCUUCACGGGGUGAGGUUUUUUUAUGUCAAUGUGCGUGUGGUGUUGGAGGGACUGCUGGAGGCGCUGCGUCUGCAGGGGGGUGGCAACCCCAGCCGGACAGACUCGAAGUUCAACUCGAAGUGUAGCUUGAAGUGCAAAUCGAAGUGCACCUUGAAGGAUGACCUGCAGUGUGACCUACAGGAGGUCCUCGUGGGCAUUGCCAAAAAUGUGAAAAACAUCCCCGUCAGUAGACGAAGUGAUACUCUAACGCUGCUGUUAGAGGUCGUCAUUAAAAUUAGUCACCACGUGAGUAUAUUCAGGGGAAUUAAAAGGUAUUGCGUCUUUUUGGACACGUUCGAAGAUGAGUUUUUUUCCAAACAUAUGGACCUGUUUUACUCCUUGCUGAAGUUAAAUGUGACUAGCAUGAUGCAACAAAGUGGGGAGAACAAUCCCCAAGAGGGAGGAGCUUUUAUUUCCAUGAAGAAUCCAACCGGUGAUGUUUUUCUAAGUCAUUUUAUUGGCCACUUUAACCACGUCCUUCUGUCCAAUGAACAUGUGUACUUUUUGGGAUACCUGCGUUUUUUUAUUCUGCUGGUGAGGCAUACAGGUCUGGGGAAUGGGUGUCUCCUCCUCCAGCCUCCUCAUGGAAGACCGGUAGACGAAUUAGUGAAUCGAUUCCUUUUUUAUGUCCUCAAGUAUGGGGUAGGGAACCUGUUUGAUGAAGUCAGUUUGGAUAGUGUAAUGACGGGGCUUCUUGCUAAAACUGGAAGGUACCUCCUCAGUGGGGGGGUUAAUUCUGCGCACGAAUUGGUUGCAGAAAAGAAGGAAGAUUCGUCUAAGAAUGACCACCAGGGGGAGAUCCCCCUGAAGGAGCUCCUCCCGUUUGUGGAUGCCCUCGAAUAUCUCCAUCCCAACAGCAUCAACACGUGCGUAGAGUGUGUGGAUUAUUACCAUGGAGACUACGACGUUGAAACGGACAGGGGGGCAUCAUCACUCAACAAACAAAACAAUAUAACGCUAAAUGACAAGGAGGAACACUUCUUCCCUCUACCAAGUAACCAAAAGUUGGUGCAGCCAAAUGGUCGCUUCCAUCUGCAGGCAAGGGAACUACAUAACCAGUGUGUCCAGUACGUAAUUAAUUAUGCCCAAAGGGGAACUGAGGAAGAUGCCACGAAGAUCAUUUUAGCCGUCUCCCUUUUAGCGAACAGUUGUGCGUUGUUUUCGCCCCCAGUGGAGGCAGUCCCAAGUCAGAUGAUAAUCCAUCUGGAGGUGGUUCAAACGAAUUGCGGGGUGUCCAAAACGGGGAGGAGCAAAGAAAAAGACAGUAACAAUGACGGAAGCAGAAGCCGCUACGGGAACAACCACUGCGAAGUGUUUAAUUACUACAAGUACAAAUACGCCUACAAGAGCAUGUGUAGGGGGAGCACUUUUGGUAGCACCUCCAUCCUCGGGGGGGACAUCCUCCCCUUCGCAGAGAAGGUUAUUAGUGACAUCGAGCUGUGCAAGGGGGAGCUCAUCUACGUAUAUAUGAUCAUCAGACGGUUCAUCAUACCUGCUAUUUUUGGAGACCCCACCACUGGAACGGAUGAAAGGACAUACAUCCUAACGCUCCUGAUGAAGCAAAGCGACAUUCUGAUUGACCGGUGUUGCGCGUGCAAAUACCCGGCUCGCAUUUUGGAGCUGCUCUUCAUUACGCUGUUGCACCCGCUCAUUGUAAAGCACGACAUGGGUUUGCAUGCAGAAGGUAACAGUGACGACCAUCCCGUUAAAUGUAGAGACCACACCGCUAUGAAUGAUAAUUGGGAUGCAAGCAUAACGGGGACAGGGCAUCCCUUUCUCCUCCUAAACUAUGUAGAGAAAAUUAUGGAAUACGGACAGACGAAGCUGUCCAUAGUGAGAAGCGCUGUGAUCCCGUUUCUGUCCUCAUUCCUUUUUUCUCUUAUCCAAAACGAGGACAUGAUCCAAGUGAGCAGCAACUACCUAGACAAGCUUAUCCAAGUCCUCGUUGGCAUAUUAAUUUGCAAAGAAUUCGUCCUGGUGGAUUUAAAAAGGAGCUUUGUAAACGACCACUAUAGGAUGAAGAGGGGGAAUAUUCUUCUGCACCACUUUGUGAAUGAGCAAAUAUGCUUUUACUUCUUAUCUAGAAUAGAAACGAAUGAGGAGAUUGCUCUUCCGGAGGAGCUUUAUCGCGUAAGACACAUGCCAAUCUUCCUGAGGUUGCUGACUAUGAUGUUUCUUAUAAACUUGUUUCGCUUGCUCGAGGGGCGCUACUUCAUCAAGCUACACCCAGGGGGUAAUAGUGGUGCAGUCUGUGAGGGGGCCAACCUGGAUCGGCAGAAACGGAAGACCCUCGUCCGAAGGUUGUAUGCGCGUCUGCUUCUUCAAAUUAUGAAUCGGAUAAGCAACAAGAACGUCUCAUCCUCUGGGGGAUUGCCCACCGGGGUCAAAACUUCUGCCCCCCCACUGCCGUCCUCCAGUGGACACAACAUCCAACUGAGGGGACUACAAGCCUUGUGUUGCCUGGCAAAAUAUUUCAAAUAUUUAAAGAAAACUCAAAGGAAGUUGCUCAUUUCAAAGGUGAACCAACUGCUUAAGGACGAUCAUUUGAAUAACACGCGUCAGUACUUGGAACUAUUCUGUAUGUCAGUUAGUUCUUCUUCCUUUGUUUUGUUGUACCCCCAUUUAAGGAGGAACCUGGCGGAUGGAAAUACCAACACGCAGCUAAUCGUGAGCACGCUGAUCAUAUGUUCAUACAUUUUGUUAAAGACAAAGUUCAGUUACUACUCCUUUGAGGAACUGCAUGUGAGUCCGUCCUUCGCUCGUGUGUGUCUCUCUAGUGGGAAAUUUCGUAUAAACCAAGUGGUCGCUACGAAAAAGGAGGCUCCCCUAAUGGGAGGUAGGAAGAAGAAGAAAAGACGCAGCAAAGAGGACACGAGAGAAAUCAAACGAAUCAUCAACCACAUCGUCAAGAAGAACCAAAAUGACAAGGACGGAAUUGUGCAGGAUGUGAAAAGGAACAAGCAGAAGCUGGCUCAUCUGGGCAGGCGCACGGGGGGAAAACAAGCAGAGGUGGGGAAGUCUCACCGUGUAGAAAAACAAACAGAAGGGGUGACUAACCUUGGAGAGAGGGUAGCCCCCCCGCAACGCAGCCACUUUUUCUCUGAAUAUAUUCGCAAAUGCCUCUUCGCUCUGAUCACUCGAAUCGUAGCUCUCUGUUCUUCCCACGCAGCGCUGGUGAGGAGCAUUGCCCAGUAUACCUUCUACUACUUUGUCAAAGGAAGGAAGGAAAUUUUAGUGGACCCCUUCUUCCAGUGCACCUACUCAUACAUUAAACACAAUAAGGACUGCAAACGGAUCCGAAAAAAGAUGAAGGAACAGUUUCGUCACUGGACCCCAACUCCCUUUGAAGAUAUUCGGAUCCUCCUGCCUGCAUGCAACUACUCCUACAACUACUUCGACGAGGACUUUAAUGAGGAGAACACACAAACCUUUGCUCAUGUGCUUAGGAAUUAUGAGCUGGUCUCCUCGUACAGUUUCAUCGACACGGUGAGGAGGACGGUGCAGCAGGAGAUGUCUGCCAUAAUGUUUAACGUGGACUUGGAGCGGCAGCGCAGGGAGGCCCAAUCGACGGUACAGGUGGCAGCCAUUGGGGGAGUAGACUACGGAGAAGCACCGUAUAUUGUGACCCCCAUGGAGGGGGAAUCCACGGUGGAUGGCAUGCUCCAAAGAAAUAGGAAGAACUACCAGAAAAAGUUCGACCCAAUCAGCGACAUCAUCCAAGUGAACAAUGAAUUUAGGAGAACGUAUCACCAGCUAGCCAAAAUGAAGACAAAAAAAAAAAAAUUAAUUGUCGUGGCAUCGCUGAUAGAUAAAGUACCCAAUUUGGCUGGCCUUUGUAGAACAUGUGAAAUUUUUAAAGUGCAAAAGUUGCUUCUUCAUAACGCUAAUAUUGUGAAGGAUUUUCAAUUCCAGAAAAUUUCUUCUACUGCAAAUAAGUGGAUGAAUAUAGGAGAGUUAAAAAAGGGAGACAUACUGAACUACUUAAUGGAGAAGAGGAAGAAGAAUUAUGCUAUCGUGGGAUUGGAACAGACCAAGUGUAGUGUCCCCCUGAAUAAGUUUGCCUUCCCUGAGAAGACGAUCUUAAUUUUGGGCGAUGAGAAGGAGGGCUUGCCUGCGUCCGUGCUGCUAUUUCUUCACCACUGCAUCGAAAUUCCCGGCAAGGGCAUCAUUCGCUCGCUCAACGUCCACGUAUCCGCGGCGAUCACCAUUUAUGAGUAUUUUAAGCAGCACCUGUUGUGA